GUUUGCUGAAGAGACAUUGAAGGACAUGCCUUUGGCUUCAGAAGAAGCAUGAUUGCCAGGUCUUUGAGGCACUGAAUUCAACAGGACACACAAUGGAAACACUGGACCUUCAAAGUCUUCUAUUUUGAGAUUCCCAACAGCUGGUUCUACUGACUGGUGUUCAUCUCAUUAUUAAAUAUUUAUUUCAUGAAACGUUAAGACAUGAUGCUUUUCGCCAUUCAUCUGUUAGCUAUUGUCAUCACAACCUGUGCAGCAAAGUGCACUCCCAAUAAAGCAGAUGUGAUAAUUGUGCAUUGCUAUCCCAAAUCCAUUGUUGCAAAAAUUCCUGAAUGUCCGUAUGGAUGGGAAAUUAAUCAACUUGCUAUGGGAGGUAUUUGUUACAAUGGGAUCAUAGAGUCUGGCUACUAUCAAUUCACCAUCCCCGAUUUAUCUCCAAGGAACAAGUCGUACUGUGGAACUCAGUCUGAUUUCAAAAACCCAAUCUAUCAUUUUUACAACUCGAUAGUCUCAAAUGACAGCACUUUGAUCGUUAAGAGUCAACCAGUCAACUAUUCCUUCACCUGCACAUACCAGUCAAACUAUCUUGUUAGCCAUGCUGCCUUCGACCAAAGAGUAGCCACAGUUCACGUGAAGAAUGGAAGUUCAGGAUCAUUUGAAAGUCAGCUUUCUCUCAAUUUCUACUCUAAUGCCAAGUUUUCCACCCAGAAAGAAGCUCCAUUUAUAGUGGAAACAUCAGACAUCGGGUCGGAUGUGUUUGCAGGAGUUGAAGCAAAAGGACUAAGUACCAGGUUUAAGGUGGUUUUAAACUACUGCUGGGCUACCCCCUCUCCCGAUUACGCAUACCACAUUCAGUGGCAGCUGAUCAGUAAAGGAUGUUCAUCUGAUGACUCAGUGACAGUCCAUGAAAAUGGAAAAAAUAGUCGAGCAACAUUCCAGUUCAAUGCCUUCCGUUUUCAGAAUGUUCCCAAGCUCUCCAAGGUUUGGCUGCACUGUGAGACCUACCUGUGUGACAGUGAGAAGUUUUCCUGCCCAGUAAUGUGUGGAAAACGGAAGCAGCAAAAUGAGCAAACAGGUGGCAUUCUUGUAGCAGAAUUUGCGAUUCGAAGUUCUGCUUCCUGGAACGCUGACAUUCUAACAGGUAAUUUACAACACAAACAAGUUUAA